AUGGUCACACUCAUUUGGGAACUCAUAGUCUAUAUAAUAAGUAAUAAAACUCUGUAUUAUGAUGCCUCUGCUAUCUAUGAAAAAACAUCCAUAAUGGAUCUACUAUGCGCACUGGCUGUUAACAUUCUAGGCGGCGUCGCGAUUUAUGGCACAGCUGGAAUAGCGACACCAUUUGUGGCCCCAAUGCUGGGUUUUGGAUCGAGUGGCAUCGCUGCUAGCUCGGUGGCUGCAGCUGCCCAAUCGUACUAUGGGAAUCUUGCAGCUGGAAGCAUUAUCUCUCAACUUACCGCAGCCGUAAUGGUCGCCCCUACCCCCUAA